AUGCUCGUCUCCUCGUUACGCAGGCUCAUCGUCUUUCUCCUUGUCGAGAGCUCAUGUGUAGCCUCGGCACGGCAGAUCUCGGAAGGGUCAGUUGUUGCGAGGAAGACCGAACUUGCACAGUGCUUGGAGAAGAAUGAGGCACUCGAGGCCCAAGUAGCUCAUCUCGGGAGACACGUCGAGGCGAUGUCUCAAAGCCAUGCGGACAAUCUCGGGGGUGUCCACAGCGAACUAAAUCAGAAGAUUGUCGCUUUGGGUGUACUUGAGCGGACUAUGGAAGACUUCGAGGCGCGUCUUGAAGCAUGUGAAGCAACUGGUGGCGGCGAGAGAAGGCUCACUGAGAUCGACCUGGGCAGCGCCUUCGACAGAAUAAUCGGUAGCGUUACUUCUACUAGGUUGGGAGCAGCUGUCUGCAACGUGUCCUCGCCUAUCCUCUCUGCUGCCUCGGGCGCUUGGCCUCUCACCGAGCCCAACAGCUCCUCGGCCUCAUCCUAUGGUGAUUCCCUCUUUAACGCUGUACAAGACUACCUCGAUGAGCACAUCAAUGGGAGGAGACUCGUCCUUCCGUCGGGGUUGCUUCCCCGAACACUUCUCAUCGUCUCCAGCCUGGUCUUCUCUUACGUCCUCACCGUGACUCUACUGAUGCUGUUGCUAGCUCCGUUGAAGAUCGGCGGCCUCUUGCUCAAGCAUUGA